GGGGAGAAGAGGAGGCGGGGAGGCUGAGCGGACUGCGGAGUUCUCGGAGUGAGCUGCCGCUGCCUGUGUCUCCGCGUCUUCGCCGUCGCCAUGAUCAUCCCGGUGCGCUGCUUCACGUGCGGCAAGAUCGUGGGCAACAAGUGGGAGGCCUACCUGGGCCUUCUGCAAGCCGAGUAUACUGAGGGAGACGCCCUAGACGCGCUUGGCCUGAAGCGCUACUGCUGCCGCCGGAUGCUGCUGGCGCACGUGGAUCUGAUCGAGAAGCUGCUGAACUACGCGCCGCUGGAGAAGUGACCUCGCAGGACCCUCCACCGGGCGUGCCGGCCCCGCAAUAAACCGCUGCUCUGGUCGCCCCGCC